AUGUCCAACGUCUUCACCGCUACCGACCCCUUUGCUGAUGACUAUGACUUGGAUCCCUUGAGCAAUAAUGAGCAGACCAAUACCCCUGCCACUCCUCCACGACGCAGCCCCAGAAGGCAUCAGGGAUCAUCCAAUGUGUCUGUUCUCGGAACCUCCAGCGGCCAACAAGGCGAUGUGUUCGAUUACACCAGCGUUCUACGAACACACAAGACCUACCAAUCUCUGGACGAAGACAGACAGGAUCAGAUCAAGAAGUUCUGCCAGGUAUCUAUUACUUCGGACCAGGUGCUGCGUGUCUGGGUGACGGCGUUGGUCCACCGUGCUGGGGACAGAAGGGACCAUAAUCGUGCUGGGGACAGAAGGGACGAAAGAGUCAGAAGUUGGAAAUUGUUGGGUGCGGGUGAGCGUGGUGGGGAGUGA